AUGUCCCGCGAAGACUCGAUCCCGCACGAACUGCGUACGGCGGCCGAACCCCGGCAAAACCAGCUAUACCCAGUGCGACUGUCACAAGUGGAUCAAAUCAACCCCUCAAUCCGCUUGCUACGGUUGGCCCUACCUAGUCAUGACAAGAAACACCCAUUCACCUUUCAACCCGGACAAUGGCUAGAUGUCCAUAUUCCAUUUAUCGCCACUGCUGGUGGAUUCACUAUCACUUCCACCCCGGCAGACGCCCAAUUACUGCCGUCCUUAGAGUCUCUAGGUCCACCCUUUGGCGCUGAGGCUACUGCACCAGCAUCCCAGGCACACCCACCUUAUGUGGAACUAGCCGUCCAGGAAUCACCCGGUAACCCACCCGCUGCAUGGCUCUGGAAGCCACAGGAAGAAAUCCUCGGCCAGGAAAUUAACAUCCGCGUCGGCGGUAGCUUCGUAUGGCCUCCCACCGGGGUGGAUAUACAUCGAAUCCAAAACGUGGUUUUCAUCGCCGGUGGUGUGGGCAUCAAUCCGCUGAUUUCUAUCCUUGCACACCUUCACCAGACGCAGUCCGUGAGGCCGUUGAGUGUGCGUUUUCUGUAUACUAGUCGUCUUCCUCCGGGUCAGGAGACUGCGUCGCUGGACGCGGUUCUUGAUCGGGUCCUUUUCCUUCCUCGACUGCGCGAGAUUAUCCGAUCACAGGCGCUGUCACGGCGCCUACGCAUUUCUCUAGAUCUCUUCCUCACUAAUUCGGCGCCCAGUCUUGCCGCUACUGGUCCUCCCACUGAUCUCGCGAUCCACUCGCGAAGAAUCAGUGAGGGUGAUACUCGUGCAGCAGUGGAUGGGGAUGGUGAAUUCGAUCCCCAGGGAACGGUGGCUUAUGUGUGUGGACCUCCGCAGAUGACGGACGAAAUGGUGGAGUCACUAAAGGGGAUCCUUGGAAAGGCCGGAGACAAGAGAGUUUUUUUCGAGAAAUGGUGGUAA